AGGAUUGUUUAUAACUCGCGUUGCGUUUAGUAUAAUCAAAUAUGGUGCUAUUUUUUCAUGUUCUACAUUUGUUUUGGGUUUUUUCGUGUUGGUGUGUUGGCAGUUAUGUAAAAACCGUUGAGGAAAAAAGUGACAAUUCAAAUUCGAACUUAUCAAACUUUUAAUUUCCGCUGAACCGUGUAAUCAAGUGAAGUCUUGUUGUUGUAAAUAUGUCCCAAAGGAAGCCCCCCACGUGCCAGAAUAAAGAAAACAAUGUUCCUCGAGCUGCCCCAGUACAAAAAUGUUCGGUCAGGAAGGGCCCCCCAGUUCAAAAAACUGGUCUCUCCGAGAACAAAACACAGAAACCUCGGGUAACUCCGACUACGAGUGAAGCUCCGGCUUCUACUAACGCCCCCAAAGACAAGCCUGCUCAAAAUUCGAAGACAAAUAGCAAAGACACCUCCAAAGGCCGUUGCUGGACUUUAGCUGACUUCGACAUCGGUAAGCCCCUCGGUCGGGGCAAGUUCGGCAACGUGUACUUAGCCCGUGAGAAACAAUCAAAAUUCGUCGUUGCUCUGAAAGUGUUGUUUAAAAGCGCAAUCAAAGAAUUCAACAACGAGCAUCAAGUCCGUCGCGAAAUCGAAAUUCAGUCGCACUUGAGACACAACAACAUCCUUCGAAUGUACGGCUAUUUCCACGACGAGUCUCGCGUCUACAUAAUCCUCGAAUACGCCCCAAACGGCACAUGCUACAAGGCCUUGCAAGCAGCCCCCAAUAAACGCUUCCCUGAGGAGACCUGCGCUCGCUACAUUCGCCAAAUCGCAGACGCCCUCAGCUACUGCCACACGAAGAAAGUCAUUCACAGGGACAUCAAACCCGAGAAUUUGCUCCUGUGUGCCCAAGGCCAGAUCAAAAUCGCUGAUUUCGGGUGGUCGGUGCACGCCCCUGAGUCUCGUAGGACCACCUUGUGUGGCACACUUGAUUACCUCCCCCCGGAAAUGGUCCUGGGGCAGACGCACAACGAAAAAGUCGAUUUGUGGAGUUUGGGAGUAUUGUGUUUUGAGUUUUUAACCGGAAAGCCCCCUUUUGAAGCCACCUCGUACGAAGAAACAUACAGGAGUAUAACCAAGGCGCACUACACGAUUCCACCGUAUGUCUCAGAGGGGGCCCAAGAUUUGAUUAGGAAAUUACUAGUUGUUAAUCCCAAUGAUAGACUGGAGUUGAGUCAGGUAAUGAAACAUCCUUGGGUAGUAUCACACACGGAGGCUCAGGGGAGCCAAUAAUUGUGAUUUUUAUUUAAAAUAGACGAAACACUGUUUUGUGUAUUUUUCAGACUGUGUUUUUUGCCAUACAAUUAGAUGAUUUUUAUUAUUUUGUGAAAUACAAAUUGGUUCAGAAAACUAUAAAUUAUUUAUUCACCUAAAUCGUAACAUUUUUUACCGUUUUUUGGCACUAAUCGCCGACGCAUUCUGUUUUGUUGGAUCAUAUUUGUAAGUUUUAACAAUGGGGCCUCGUCCAGCCUUCUGAAACUGCAUUUCGUCUAUUCUUUUCCGUUCCUCUAACUCUCGUG